GCAAUUUCCGCCUCAGUGGCCUCUGCCCGUCUCCUGCUAGUGACCUCCCUGCCUUCCUGUACCCGCCAUGCCCAGCUUGACCGGGUCCACAUCCACCCCGGUGUACGUCAAGGAAGGUCUCGAGGCAGCUCUCAUGCAGUUCGGUAUACCGGACAGUAUCACGGGCGUCACCAAACACGUCAGGCCCGUUGGAUCGUAUUCAUGGGUCACAGGCAGCACACCGACGAUAGUCGUUCCAGGCUCCCCGAGCAUAUGGACCAACUCGCGCGUGCGGCGCGUCAUGCCCGAUACAGGCGUCGUCGUGCACGACGAGAACGCGCACCACAUGGGGCGGCACGCCUCCCCGCUCACGCCUAUCUUCGCCGCGCUCGACGCGCUCUACGGCGCGGACGAGAACCUGUUCCGGUACGCGGACCUCGACCUCGUCACGGACCGGGCCAACCUCGAGAAGCUGCUGCGCUUCAUCAUGGGCGCGGACACCGAGGCGUUCCGCAUCGACGUCGAGCGCGGCGGGCAGGCGGUGCUGUUCACGGGCUGCGAGCCAAGGGUGAGCGAUCGCAUUGUCGGAUUUCAGGGGUACGGAAGGUCGUAUCAGAAGGCGGCGGCGAGUCCUGCGCCCGGGUGCGAGGCGGCGGGAGGGCACUACAGGCUGAAUGUGCUGACGCUGGGCGGCCUUCGAAUACUGCUCCGCUUCCCCGUCGCAGCGUGCCUCAGCGCGCCCUCGUCGCUCACGCCGGACUCGCCGCUCCUCUCGGGGCACGUGCACGGGCUCACCGUGCGGCUCAACUCCCCGCCGAAGCUCGUCGCGCAGUCGCAGCUCGUCGAGCUGCGCUUUACGACCUCGCGCAGGCCGCUCGACUGGGCGGAGACGUUCCCCGCGCUCUCGCUCUCGCGCACGCCGUGGCUGUUCGUCGCGAACCACAGCACGGGCGUGUUCAACGAGCCCGAGAAGGUCGAGCUCAGCUCCGAGAAGCUCGCGGCGCACGCGGAGAAGGCGGAGACGAGUCUGUGUAAGCUGAAGCUUGUGAUUGCGGCUGUGUUGGCUGUGGUAAGGAUGCACGACGAGCGCGUGCCGAUGAGUUUGGUAAGGGAGGGGAAGAAGUUGACGUUGUAUAGGAGGAAGAUGGGCACGGGGAGUAUGUUGGAUGAUCAGAUUCUGCGGAGGUUUUGGAAGUGAGGCUUCUAGCGUGGGGCGGGGGCGUCGAAAGCGGGCCGAGGGGCCUUGUUGCGGCGCGGUCUUCCUUCCUAAGACGGGCAUGAUUUCCUCCUUUUAUACUAGCAUCGUUUUAUUGACGUUCCGCUCCUCGAGUUUAUCUUCUUCCUUAUGCGUUUUAGCGUCUCGUUUUCUCCCUUUCCUUUCCCUUCUCGCUUUGCUUUGCUUUGAUUUUGCUUUAUGCGGACGAUGGACACUCAUGAAGAAGCUUAUCACGAUUGUAUCCUUAGUACACUAAGCGCGCGGCGCGCAACUCUCCCCGGAGCUAUCGUAUACUUCGAGAACCCUUGCUUCUCAUCCUAUUUCACCUGGGCAUUUGGAAGGAGGCCAAGGCGUCGGGCAUCUGAUGCGAUGCAUACGCGGACACGCUAGUGGCGCGCAUGUCGGCUCGGUGCGCGCGAGCGCUGAUCCUGCGAGUCGGAAAUUAACAUGCUGGUGUAAAGUUGUUUUGAUUUUGGUUUGCUUGGAGGAUGUGGUAGUCAGCAUCAUUUGUAUAUAGAGCAUCGGGGUAUCGUAGCAUUUCUGCAGCUAGAAAUAGGAU